AUGCCUCCUAAAGGAAAGGGCGAGCAGCCCAAGGUGAAGAAGGUCGCUGUCGACAAGACCUUUGGUAUGAAAAACAAGAAGGGAGGGGCCGCGCAGAAGGCCAUCAAGCAGAUCCAUGCCACCGCUGCCUCUGGGGGAACGCCCGAUGAGAAGCGCAAGGCCGCCGAGAAGGCGCAAAAAGAAAAAGAGAAGAGGGCCGCCGAGCAAGCACAAAAGGAAAUGGCCGACCUCUUCAAACCUGUACAGGUCCAGAAAGUUCCCUUCGGUGUCGAUCCCAAGACCAUCCUCUGCCAAUUUUUCAAGAAGGGCAACUGCGAGAAGGGCAAGAAGUGCAAAUUCUCACACGACCUCAACGUCGAACGCAAGACUGAGAAGAGGAGUUUGUACACCGACAGCAGAGACGCGGAGAAGGAGGCGGAAGAGGAGCAAAAGAAGAAGGACAACAUGGACGACUGGGACGAAGAGAAGCUGCGAAACGUUGUGCUCAGUAAGCACGGCAACCCCAAGACCACAACCGACAAGGUGUGCAAGUUCUUCAUCCAAGCUAUCGAGGACCAGAAGUAUGGUUGGUUUUGGUCUUGUCCAAAUGGCGGCGACAAGUGCAUGUACAAGCACUCGCUUCCACCUGGCUUCGUAAUCAAGACCCGCGAACAGCGCGCCGCCGAAAAAGCGCUCGCCCUCAACGACCCCCGCAACGCCCUCACCCUCGAAGACUUCCUCGAAUCCGAGCGCCACAAGCUGACCGGCACCCUAACACCCGUCACCGUCGAAACAUUCGCGAAAUGGAAGAAGGAGCGUCUGGACAAGAAGGCAGCCGAAGAGGAGGCCAAGGCACGCAAGGACGCCACUGGACGUAUGAUGUUCGAGAAGGGCGACUGGGCAGGCAGCGACGCAGAUUCAGACGACGAGGGCGACGGCAACGAGUGGAAUUUGGAGACUAUGCGCGCCGAGACGGAGCGUCUGCGCGCGAGGAAAGAGGAGGAGAGG